AUGGCUGCUGUCUUUGAUGGUAAUCUCUCUGCACAGGAGCUUGCUGACAUGCUACCGACCGGCGUUGCAAUUAUCAAUCAAAAUGACGAGUCAAUCAUGGUGAACCGGCGUUUCCGGGAGCUUAUGACCUGUUCAAGAGCUAAAUCAUUCGAAUGCUGGUCACAAUCAAUCCACCCAGAUGAUUUCGACCGGAUAGCCACUGCCUAUCUUGAAACCUCACGCUCUAAGCAUGCCCUUCGCAUCGAGUUCCGCACUCGCAGCCGAAUCCCUUUGUGGCGUGUUCUGAUGUUGGCUCCGUUAGAUGACGCUGAUCUGCACCGGCUCAAUUUAAGCAAUGGAGGCUUUAUCUGCACCAUAGCAGAUAUUACCCACGAAAAGACGGCCGAGCUACUGCAAAUGGAUAUUGCACGAGAAGCGCAAGAGCGCAAGCAACAACAGGAGCGCUUCAUCGAUAUGAUCAGUCAUGAAGUCCGAAAUCCUCUUUCUGCUAUUCUUCAUUGCACAGAGGAUAUACUUGAAGCAGUGAAGGACAAAGAAAGUAGUGGGGUACCUGUGGCAGACAUUACACAAGCGGCAGAAACAAUCAGCUUCUGCAUUGCACAUCAAAAGAAUAUUGUCGACGAUGUCCUUACCUUCUCGAAGCUAGACGCAUCAAUGUUGACCUUGUCACCGCGAAGAGCUCAACCAAAACGACACUUGGCACGAACGUUGUCCAUCUUUCGGCCGGAGCUUCGGAAGAAAGACAUUCAAUUUGAAUACAAACUUGACCAUUCAUACUCAGAUUGCGAGAUUGAGUGGGCAUUAGCCGAUUUCAGCCGGAUGAGCCAGGUUCUCAUCAAUCUGGUUUCCAAUGCUAUCAAAUUCACCGCUAAAGCGAGCGGUAAGAGAGAGAUCAGAGUCUCCAUUGGCGCCUCUACGAAGCGGCCGCCGUCUUACCCCCCCAAUGUUGUUUUUUUCGAAUCCGGCGAAAAUGCACUUCGCUUAGAUGCCACAAACACACCUGAGUGGGGAGAGAAUCCAAUCGCAUAUGUGAUGGUUGCCGUAAAGGAUACAGGGAUUGGCAUUAGUGACCAAGCUCAAAAGCGGCUCUUUGAGCGCUUCAAUCAAGCCACACCUAGAACCGAUAGCGUUUACGGUGGUUCUGGUCUUGGCCUCAAUGUGAGCAGAAAGCUCUGUCACCUUCACGGUGGAGAAAUCGGCGCAAGCUCAAGGGAAGGGGAAGGGAGCACGUUUGGUUUCUUCUUCAAGGUCAGACGGGAAGUUGAGCCAUCUAGUCCCGAUCUGCCUACUUACGACGAUUCCGAGAUUGACCAGUUAUCUGGUGGGAUCCAAGCGCUGAGCAACAAGGCUAUCGGGGUCAAUAACCGGACGAAGUCUCCUGAAAUCCCAGAGAAUCCCAUUAUCACUCACAUUCCGGAAAUCUCCCCGGGUGCUGUGAGUGACGACAAAUACAUGCAUACGUUGGAACUAGCUCACCAAGUUAAUCUUGACGAGCCUUCCGCGAGCGAGCACCAAAUCUUGCACCCUGAUCUCAACGUCGACGGAAUCUCAAAAAGCCCAGAAGUGUCCGGCACCAUUGGCGUGAAAUCUGAUACAAAAAUUCGGCAUGUUCUCGUGGUGGAAGAUAAUAUAGUCAAUCGACAAAUCGUUUCUCGGAAGCUGCAAUCCUUGGGGUUCCAUAUCUCGGAGGCAACGAACGGCCAAGAGGCCUUGGAUGCUGUCCGACGUGAGGAAUUUGACUGCAUCCUCAUGGAUCAAGAAAUGCCAGUCAUGGAUGGAAUGUCCGCAACUAUGGCAAUCCGCAAUCUUGGUCGCGACUGUGCAUCGAAUAUCCCUAUUCUUGGGGUCACUGCAAAUGUGAGGGCGACUCAACAAAUAGAGAUGUUAGACGCUGGUAUGGACGAUAUUAUCCAUAAGCCAUAUCGAACGAAUGACUUGUUCGAGAAGAUAAAUCAACUGUUAGUACUCAGGUCGAAGAAAUGA